AUGCUCGGUCCAAUCUUUGCUCCAUUCAAAUUGCCUAGUGCGCUCGUCGUACGACCGUCACGAGCCUCCAUCCUCACGAGACGAACCUUUGCGCGAUUCGCCGUGUCUUUCUCUUCCGGGGGCUCUCAGAAGGAGCCCCUUGCAAAGGAAUGGAAAGGGUCACAUCCAGAGGAGCAUAGUACCCAGCGAGUCAAGCGAGGCGACAACAAGGAUAUUGCUGCAGCGGCCGCCAAAGAGGGAAUGGACGAGCGCGCAAACUAUGAAGGCAUCGCGGAGGGUUCCAAGUCGCAGGCGACGACCGAGCGCGGUGGCCGCAAAGCAGAGGCCAAGGCCAAGAAGGAACAUCCCGCAGCCCCGGAGCCGGUAAUAGGCAUGAAUGAUGAGCGAGGCCAGGUGCGUUUCACAGUGUCUUCGUUGAUUGCCGAGUCACUGCGUUGA